AUGUCGGUGAACGAUCAGCCCUCCUCCGCGGAUAUAACACUCUCCUCACUCGCGAGCCAGCCCGCUACUUCAGAUCUGGACGCCUUGGAUCACCGAUUGAAGCGCCUUUCUGACGACGUGCUUCCACUCCAUCCCUAUCUCCUCACCCUCCCAACGAAUGCGCCGUUCCGCCUAGGGUCCCGCUCCUCAACCAAUUGGGCAGUGGGAGAUGAUCGUCCGUUCCGUUCAGACGAGCAGGAACUUCAGUAUAUGACUUUCCUGACGCACCACGACACGGAUUCGUUGCUGGUAGCGGUGGGCGAUUGGUCCGACGAGUCGGGUCGCAUGAUGCUCGACCGAUCCACGGGCCCGAGGACAACCACCGAGAACCCCAAAGAGACCGGGACGAAGAAGAAGAUCAGCCUGAGCGACUACAAGAACCAGAAAAACACCGGUGCUACCCCGUCUCCCGCGAUUCACGAUCAGAGGAACCGGAACCCUUCCUACUCAGACAGGCGCGACGAAACACCACGAGCGCCUAAACCGGACCCUGUCAAGAAGAAGGAUAAAACCGAAUCGCAUCUUUCCAAUACCCCGAAACCAUCCUCACAAUUUUCUCCGACCAAGACGGCCAAGAAACGGCCAUCAACGGCGGAUCCCGAACCCGUGAAUUCUCACGCGACCAAGGAAUCAAACAUGCCUUCCCCCAAGAAAGCGCGAUUGUCACCGGAGAAGCAUUCGCGCAGGGAAUCCACAGCAGCCAAGUCGCUCCCUAUUCUACUCUCCCCAACUCUUCCCCCUUCGCCUGGUCCAGACCUGAGCUCGGGGUCUAGACUCCCACGGUUACUAUCUCCGACUCUCCCACCGGAGAUUGAGAAGGAACUGGCACAACUCAAGGAGACUUCACCCGCCCCAAGGUCUCCGAAACGCGACAAUGCAGCCGCGAAGCCCAAGCGAGACCAGACAAGUCACUCCCGAACCCCCAAUUUCAUAAAUAGUGGCAGCAAUUCUAGUUUACAAAGCUGCCGCGCGGGCGCUUUACCCAAGGGUGCCAAUUCCUCCAGGCUAACCCUCAUUGUGAGAUUGCGGUACGGGAAGGGCAACCGAAAGCGGGUUGAAGGCCUGCUUAAAUUUUCCGGUAAAAGGAAAGCACAUCGCGCGGAUUCGCCGCCUGGUCAGGACACAGAUCUAGAAGACGCCCCCCAUAUCGAAAAAAAGAGAGAUGUUGGGCCGACUCGUGGAAAUGCGUCUUCUGACCAGGUCAAGGUCAAGAUGAAACAUGAGACAGAUGAAACAACCCCUGACCCCAGUGGUGGCGGUAGCCGUGUGAAGGAACCAAAACCCUCUGUUGACAAGCCGCAUCCACCUACACAUGACAAAGUCAAGCCGACCUCAUUGACCCCUGUGAAAGAAUCCAAAGGGUCCGGAGUGCGUCGAAUUGAUCUUACGGACGGCGAUGGCCAAACACCUGUCAAUCCUGCGAACAAACGUCUCUCGGUCGACCCAGGCACAAAAGGCUCUCCCUCUCAGUCUGAUAUCCGUCCCCGCAACCACGAGCGACGAGACCAUGAGCGAAAAGCCUGGCGGGAAGACUUCCAGAAAUUCGGCAACAUUGGUCGAGAACUGAAGCAUACCGCCGACCGAUAUAACAGCGGAGCAUCUGCUACGGACGAGAAACUGGCUGUUGUGACUGCUAUUGAGGCCAUCCUGUGCUUCGUCCUUGCCUUUGUUGCGGAUGAUCAAUCGAAGGUCCUUUCCCGGCAAGGCGGAGACUCGUCGACCUGGCGCUCUAUCAUCGCGUACUGGCGAGUCGUCACGAAGAAUAGUGUCUCGUACCCGGUCUUGCAUAGCCUUUGCCAGCUCCUGGGCGCCGUCUCCUACGAUACCAUCCAUGCACUGGACCUGGACCGUCUCGCCUUGACCCCGCUGCCUGGGGAACACACACCAGUGCCGACCCCCGGCAGCGAUGGCAACACUGUUCUGGCAGACGAGAACAAGAAGAGCCGGAAGGAGUUUUUGGAGCUGAAAACCCGCCUUCCCGAGUUCUAUAAGGAGUCGCAGAAGUUGUGGCUGGACGGCACUCGUAGUCUCUCGGAGGAUGUCCUGAGCCGUGACUUUCCCACCACCUGGUCCCGACGCUCUCAUCAUUAUGCCGAGCGUGGCAGGGCCUCUCUGAAACCAGGGGAGUAUUCUGGGGAGUACUUUCUUCCCCUCGGUGCGGUCACCCGGCCCAUUGAAGUGGUCCGAUUUGGCUGGUCUCUCUUGCAGGAAUGGUGCGCGCAGGAAGGCGUGGAGUGGAAUGGCCGCCUUGAUCUUUGA